AUGAGGACACUGUUCUUUUCCUUGGGGUGUUUCCUCGAAACCCCCUUGGCCUGCUCUCGCAGAGCGGAACGAUCGUUGGUCAAACUGGAAUGUAGCUUGUCCUCUCGCCCAUGCUGGAAACAUUAA